AUGAUCUCGCAUUCCCUCUAUGAGAAGUACAAGAAGGAUACCCAGGAUUUCAGCUACUGGUUGGCGAACGAAUACAUUACUCUCUUCGUGUCAAAUCAAAGAAACCCGGGCUCGACACCACAAAGGCCACAAUUCGACUUUAGACACCCCCCUAAAGUCAAUGAUUUCAUCCCUCUGGCCACGUACAUAGCCAGCCAAAAUGGACCAGUCCCUUAUCACGUCUUCAGCGCUCUAGCGUCGGCCAUCCACAAGAGAUCCAUUGCUACCGCAUCCUACACAGCACAAGCAGGGGCUCCAGUCAACCCCAAUCAAGCGGCAAGCGAUGCUAGUCAUCAACACUUUACCGAUAUUUUAGCCCAUUGUCGUAGCAUCCUCGGCGGUGACGGCUGGGUGGCCGACAACAUACGGGCUAAGGUCGAACCUUCUAUCGAACGAGUCCAAGAAGAGCUGUCCAGCAGAUUCAGAGCCCUAUAUGUCCAAGUUGUCGAAGCAUCUAGCGAGGAAGAAGAACAAGCGUCAAGUUCCAGACCAAGGCAACAACGAAGACCUGGAAAGGGCAAGGGCAAGAAGAAAGGAAAGUCCAACAAGGGCAAAGCAAAGCAGCCAGCAAGGGAACAAGUCUACCAAGUAAUUUCUAUGGAGAGCUUACGCAAUAUUGACGGCCAAGACGCCAUGACUAUCAACUAUCUAAUUGCUGUACACUCAGCAGCUCAGCAAUGGAUUGAGCUUCGAUAUUGCAUCCAACGCCAAUGGGUGCAAGUCGCUUACGGAGAUCUUAAUACCGCGGUGGCAGCUGCUACAUCCAAAGUAGCUGUUUCAAUGGUCCAAAGAACUAAUGCCGCCAUAUUCGCCGAUUUUGCGGGAAAUGACUCUUAUCUGUCUAUCGUGAACGCACUUGCUCGCGGGGAUAUCAAUAACGCCCAAGGAACGUUUCAGGUCGAUAUUUCCAAUGAAGCAGGUCGUGGUGUGAGAAAUAGAACAAUUUCAGAUGUUAAGGAGCAAUUCCUUUACAAUACCUACAUGGCGCUUAAAGACUUUCUCGACGAUUUUCGGCUCAACAGGACUGGCAGGCCAACAAACAGGCUGGGAAGAACGCUUGCUACUUGGGAUUCUACAGUGAUAUUGGCGAACUUGAGUCGCGACGAGCGAAUGGCCUGGCGACGGAUUUAUAUCAUCAAUUGGCUCUACGAUCUCGUCAAUGUUUCUUCGGCGGCACAGCUGAAGAAGAACAGAGAGUCUCGCGGUCCGAAGAGUCUAGAACAUGUUGACUGGACCGGUAACGAACGAACCAUAUUCGGUCUCAAUGAAUUUGCGGUUGACAUUACACGUAUGGCGAUGCAGAAGGGCAACUUUCAGGUCGAAACGUUAAUCCAGCUACAUCAUGUUUUUCAACUCCAGUGCAUCGUGGACUCUUUUACCACUUCCAGGGGAUGGUUCAUACCCAUGGAGGGGUCUAUGCAUGUCUUGUCAGAGCCAGCAGACUUCCGGACGACGCGGGAUAUCGAUAUAUUCCUUGACCGCCAAAGACAAUUUGUAUCUGGUGGCUACCGUGUCUCGGUUAACAAUAUGGAAGCCAAGCUGGUGUCAUCAUGCGAGGAUGUCCCGCAUUUUCGAGGACUUCUUGACCACAUCCUCAUAUCUGGAGAAGAUUUUCAUGACUAUCUUGGCCAGCACGUGUAUGCCAACAAUGAAAAACGAAUGAUUUGGGAAGGUAUAGAACCAUCUCGGUUUGGUACAGCCGAUGCCAAUGGGCUGCACAAAUAUUCACCCUAUCUUUGCGGUGCCGGUCUUGAAGAGGCCUUAUCACUAUCAUAUAAACAAAUGAUGUGGUUAUGGCAGGUGAUGCGCGAGCCGAUACUUAUACUGCACAUAUAUAAAUUCCUCAAGCAACACAACUAUUUCGACAAACCUAUCCCGUUAUGGGAGGCUCUUGCAGUUCUUUUCAAGAGAGGCGUGUUUCGAGACCAUCAGAACGACACAACAAACAGUGGUAAGGCGUUAACAACAUUGUUAAACAUGCGACAAUCGUUAAGUUUAACUGAAGGCGAAAACAUACACAAAUCCUUUGACAUAACCGCUUGCCAUAACUUCAACAGGCAAUCUGCGUUAUCAGCGUACCAGAAAGCGAAUUGGAACUCUGGUCAAGUAAUUCUGGAUCAGUCUUCGGAUGAAGAUUUGUCGGUUCUACUAGCCAUGCUACACAGAGGGGACGAUGGGGAGGAACAGGCGGCAAUUACUAGAUCGACCGAAAACACUGUUGGGGCGGAGUCGGGGGCGGUGGAGGAAACUGAGCCCGCGGGGGAGAUUUCAACAAUAGAGACAACUACACAAGCGACGGGUGAUGAUGGUGCAUUGCCGGCACCUGGACCACCCAAUCUCCCCCGGCCAGGGCCAGAUUCAGAAGAACGCGAUCAAGAUGUCAUCUCUUGGGCUAAUGGGGAAUUCUUGGACGAUAUAUGCGGCUUCGCUUUAGCGAGACCACUUAGGCCCCUCUCCAGCAUCAACUACGCGUCCGUCACAGUGGCCAUACUGGGUGCCUUUGAUGAGAUUGAUAAAAGGCUCAGGCAGGCUCAGAACCGCAUGUACGGAACCUACCGUGAUAGAAAUCAUCCAGAAUAUCACCAGGGAAGGCGGGCGAAAACCAUACAUGAGAGAGGGACCAUGUUCUUACAUGCACUUGACCUGUACCGGACCCCAGAGCAGGAGAAAAGGGAAGUAUGGGAUCCCCCGGCUAAGGAAGUGCUUCAAAUUACGGCCGACGUUCUGGCGGCUGAGCCACGGAAAAUAUGGGAGUUCACUUAUUGGAACAGCUUGACCUGGGUUGAGGAUGCCAGGCUAGAAGCUGCAGAGAAUGCCUGA